ACUUCAAAGAAAAAGUGGCACGGAUAAAACGUUGGUUACACGAGGAACGUCCACUGCAGAGAAGCAAGUAAGAAGGCAAGCAAUUCUAGUCUGCCAUUACUCUGAAACGAGCCAUUCAUCAGUUUUGAAACCUUUUAACGUCUAGACUUUAAAAUUUGGUAAAACGUAGGGCUGUGGAAAAGUACAGGAAAAACAAGCUGUAUGAAAAGUUUCUACUAAUCAACAAACUUUAAAAUUACGAUUUCGGAAAACAAUGAAAAAAGGGUUAUUUGACGUUUUCGCAUUUUUUAGAAGUGGGAUAUUCGAGGGGUUUUCAGACUAGCCAAUGGGACGAAACUUACUUUGGACAAACGGAGUUGUGACGCUGUUUUUUAUGAAUACAGAGGAAGUUGCUUUCGUGCCCCUGCCUUUAUAAUCGUGAGCUAGAUCGGUAAAGCAGACAGAGCAAGACCUUCAAUCCGAUUUUCAACAUGAACGACGAUGGGAAAUAUUUGGUUUAUCAUGGGCUUUUACUUCCAAAAGAGACUCACAAUGAAGACAGUCUGAAAUACGCUGCGGAAUUGCAAAUUCGAGAUGAUGAUAUUUUUGUACUGACAUACCCGAAGUCCGGUACCACAUGGAUGCAAGAGAUUCUCCCGCUGCUUCUAAAUGGAGGAGACCUAACACCAGUUAAGACUAUACCAAACUGGGAUCGGGUUCCUUGGUUAGAGGAGACCAGGGCUGCGCUGGUUCUGAAAAAUCAAACCCUUCCGCGCACUAUGGUCUCUCACCUGCCGUAUAAUCUAAUGCCUCGCACAUUUUUCACCUCCAAAGCCAAGGUCAUUUACGUCACCCGCAAUCCAAAGGAUGUAGCGGUGUCAUCUUUUUACUUCCACAAGAUGGCGAGCUUUCUUGAUGAUCCGGGAACUUUUGAUGAAUUCCUGGACAAGUUUCUUUCUGGACAAGUGAUGUUUGGAAAGUGGACAGAUCACGUAAAAAGCUGGAGGAACACUGAUUUGGGCGACAGAAUUUUAUACAUAAAUUAUGAAGAUUUGGUGAAGGAUCUAACAGGAGCACUUGUCAAAAUGUCACAGUUCCUGGGAAGGGAACACACUCCAGAGAUAUUACAGAAAGUGGCCAUGCACUGCUCCUUCAGCAGCAUGAAAAACAACAUUAUGUCAAAUUACUCUCUGGUGCCACAAGACAUUAUGAACAGCAGCAAGUCAUCCUUCAUGAGGAAAGGAAUUGCUGGCGAUUGGAAGAACCAUUUUAGCCCAGAACAGGAUGGAAAAUUUACAACAAUCCUAAAGGAGGAAAUGAAAGGAACGUCCUUUAAAUUGGAUUGAGAGUCUUGGAUUAAGAAUAAACAAAUGAAGGAAAUAGUGGCAUUAAUAAACAUUGUAAUAGGAAAAAAUAGAACUGUAUACUGCAUAUGUUGAACUUUAAUAAUGUGAAUGAUUUAUCUGAUUCAAUCAUACAUAAUGACAGGUGUAUUUUGUUUAAUAUUAAUUUUAUGUAUCUAAAGUAAAAUGUGAAUGAGAAAUGCUAUAGUGAGAUUAUGAGAGUGAUACAUAUGUUUGGGUGAUCCUAAUAGGGGUGUGGAGCAAUAGUGCAUCGAAAGGUAUACAGUAAUAAAUCUGUAAACCUGUCUUGUUUUAAUCAACUUAACUUUUUUUAGUGCAUCACUGUAAAAACUAAAAUUAAUUUAGAUGUUAUUUCAAACAUAUACUGUAUAGAGAUGGCUCAGUUUGCUUUUUGAUAUAUUUUGAUAUAUUUUUCCUCCAUUAAAGAAGAAGAAAAAAGACUCACUUGUAUAACACGGGAGCCAGAAUUAAAAAAAAUAAGCACUGUG